UUCUGCGCAUGCGCAACACGCAGCGACGGACAUGUUGAGUUCGGUAGCAGCGGAGGCGUCGUACAGUGUUUCGGUGCGCAUCUCCGCCCGCGGUGUUUGCACCGCCAGACCCGGGGUUUGAGCGACAUAAGCGGCGGAGGUAGCAAAACAACACCAGUAAAGCCAUGAACUCGGGUUUGGACCUGUCGCGCCGGAACCCGCAGGAGGAUUUCGAGCUGAUCCAGAGGAUCGGUAGCGGAACCUACGGCGAUGUGUACAAGGCGCGGAACGUCAACACGGGAGAGCUGGCAGCCAUCAAAGUCAUUAAACUGGAACCAGGUGAGGACUUUGCGGUGGUUCAGCAGGAGAUUAUCAUGAUGAAAGAUUGUAAACACUCGAACAUUGUGGCGUACUUCGGCAGUUAUCUCAGGAGAGAUAAAUUAUGGAUCUGUAUGGAAUACUGCGGUGGAGGAUCACUACAGGAUAUUUACCACGUGACUGGACCUUUGCUGGAGUCGCAGAUUGCAUAUGUAUCACGGGAGACCCUUCAGGGCCUGUACUACCUCCAUAACAAAGGAAAGAUGCACAGAGACAUUAAGGGAGCAAAUAUCUUACUAACUGACAACGGCUAUGUGAAGCUGGCGGAUUUCGGCGUCUCGGCUCAGAUCUCCGCCACUCUGGCCAAGAGGAAGUCCUUCAUCGGGACGCCAUACUGGAUGGCUCCAGAGGUGGCUGCAGUAGAGCGUAAAGGAGGUUAUAAUCAGCUGUGUGAUAUCUGGGCCGUGGGCAUCACUGCUAUAGAACUGGCCGAGCUGCAACCUCCCAUGUUCGAUCUGCACCCCAUGAGAGCUCUUUUCCUCAUGACCAAGAGCAACUUCCAGCCUCCUAAACUGAAAGAUAAACUCAAAUGGACGAAUAACUUUCAUCACUUUGUGAAAAUGGCGCUGAUUAAAAACCCUAAGAAGAGGCCGACGGCGGAUAAACUGCUGCAGCACCCGUUCGUAUCGCAGCCGCUGAGUCGCACCCUCGCCAUCGAGCUGCUGGACAAAGUCAACAACCCCGACCACGCCGACAUGGAGGAUAGCCACGACGGCGAGGACGAGGAAGCCGACCCUGAGUCUCCUGUGCACGUGCCUCAGCGAAUCACGUCAGCAAGCCGAAGUUCACGGGAUAAAAAGACUCUGUCGGAGAUCAACUUUGAUCAGGUGAAGUUUGAUCCUCCGCUGUGGAAAGAGACGGAGCUGCAUGAACCGGAACUGCAGCUGGAGCCGCAGAGUUUACUGGGUGAUCAUAAGAGUCUGUUAAAAUCAGUAGCAGAGGAACUCAAUCAGAGGGGUCAUGUGACACAUUUAGAGGAGGAUGAGGAGGAUGGUGAUGAUGAAGCUGGACAUUCAAACUCCAUUUCCACAAUGAGGCCUAAAGUCCCUCCCCCGUUACCCCCUAAGCCGAAGUCUCUCGGCGCUUCUCAGAGCGACCCUGAUGGAGAGGACGGCGUCGGUGAGGGGACCAUCAAACGUUGCCCUGUCUCCUCAAGCCCCGCCCCUCCUCCUCGCCCCACCUCCUGUGUGCCCCCCAGGCCGCCGCCCCCUCGCCUGCCCCCCCAGAGACGCAGCAGCUUAGGUAAAGGGCCUCCCGAGCACGCUCGGACAGAACCCGAAGGGGAUGAUGGGAGUUUUAGGUUCUGGGACUGGCUUCACGCCGAGGAGCAGAAGGAAGACAGUAACGGAUUGAGCGCGUCGUCGCAGAACGGAGAGCGGGAAAGACUGUCGACCCUCCCGACCAUUCCCAGUCGCAGGAGCAAAGACGUUCCCAAGCCGAUGUGUAACGGUCUGCCUCCCACGCCCAAAGUGCACAUGGGAGCGUGUUUCUCGAAAGUGUUUAACGGCUGUCCGCUCAAGAUCCACUGCGCCGCGUCCUGGGUCAACCCGGACACCAGAGAUCAGUAUUUGAUUUUCGGAGGCGAGGAAGGAAUCUACAGCCUUAACCUGAACGAGCUUCACGAGACCUCCAUGGAGCAGAUAUUCCCCCGGAGGUGCACGUGGCUGUACGUGAUGAACAACUGGCUCUUCUCUAUAUCCGGUAAAGCGUCCCAGCUGUACUCCCAUAACCUGUGCGGUCUCUUCGAGCACGCUCGGCAGAUGCAGAGGUUACCCAUGGCCAUACAGACGUACAAACUGCCCGAUAAAAUCAUCCCUCGGAAGUUCACAGUGUCCAGUAAGAUUCCAGAGACAAAGGGGUGCCAGAAGUGUUGUGUAGUUCGCAGUCCAUACACAGGGAUGAAGUAUCUUUGUGGUGCAUUCCAGUCCAGUGUAGUUUUGUUUGAAUGGGUGGAGUCCAUGCAGCGCUUCAUGCUCAUCAAGAGUAUAGACUUCACCCUCCCUUGUCCACUGGAGGUGUUUGAGAUGCUGGUGGUCCCGGAGCGUCACUACCCAUUGAUCUGUGUGUCCGUUGUUAAGGGCAGUCAGCCUGAUCAGGUCGUGACCUUUGGCACCGUUGACCCCAACGAUAUAGCGCCGACCUUCACUGAACCUGACACGUCACAGACGUGCGUCAUUCACGUCACGCAGCUGGAAAGGGACACCAUACUGGUGUGUUUGGACCGUUGUAUAAAGAUGGUGAACUUACAAGGCCGAUUAAAAUCCAGCAAGAAGCUCUCAGCCGAGCUCACCUUCAACUUCCAGAUUGAAGCAAUAGUGUGUUUGCAGGACAGCGUGCUGGCGUUCUGGAGACACGGCAUGCAGGGACGCAGCUUCAAAACCAAUGAGAUCACGCAGGAGAUCUCUGACAGCUCACGCAUCUUCAGACUGCUGGGCUCAGACAGGACGGUGGUGUUGGAGAGUCGACCGACGGAUAACCCGACAGCUCAGAGUAACCUGUACAUACUUGCGGGCCAUGAGAACAGCUACUGAAUGCGCGCACACACACACACACACACACUAAACAGCAUUCCUUUGCUACGCUACUUAACAUAACACACUACACCCCCGCCACAGCUGUAAGCUACAUGUGCGUGCGCACACACAUUCCUAUAAACAGUACGCCAGCAGCCCCGCCCUCUUACACUACUGUCUGUUAUGACACUACACACUACACACUACACACACCCACCACUUCACCGCUCGUAUCCUUCCCCGACGAGCCGACUCGCCCGUUUUAAAUUAUUUCUCCUGGCAUGUUACAGCGAGGGUUUUUUUUUUUGUUGUUGUUGUUAUUGUUUUCCUAAAACGUUUUAUUUUUUCCCCCCUCUCCAUCAGCCCUGCCUGCAGCCUUCCCUCGUUCUCGGUCUGGCUCCCGAAGAGCCGAUGCACCUUUUAUUACACCGAGCGGUAACAUCUUAUCGUCUUCCGGCUAGCCACGCGACGCCUUCGUAACACACAAGCUGUAUUUAAAGAAUAAAGCGGUCCGCGUCGGUAUCCGCGCCGUGACGCCAGACCUCUACGUUUAACGAUCCGAACGGCCUCGUACCGACCUCGAGACGUUCGUUUCGCGACGGUGCUUUACGAUCGUUCAUCAGCGUGACCGGUCUAGCAGUGAUCCAGAUGAUCCCGAUUCUAACGAUGACGAAUUAAUGUCAAAAUGACAGAAAAAAAAAAAAAAAAAAACCUCUUCCGCUUUUAUUCCAGUUUUAGCGUUUUUAAACGGACGUUUCGUUCUCGUCGUAUCUUGUGAACCUGUAUCGCUUCAACUGUUAAAAAAUCUUCGAAUGAAAUAAAUAUGCUCCUGUUUAUUAUUAUUAUUAAGAUAAGUUGCCUUGACACUAGCUGUAUUAUUAUUAUUAUUAUUAUUAUUAUUAUUAUUAUUAUUAUUAUUAUUAUUAUGGUAGAACUAAGAAGAGGUUCCUGUUCUAGAGAGCAGUAACCCGAAUCCGCGUCACUUAAAAGCGAUGGUUAGUCAGUGCGUAAUUCUAGAAAUAUAUCUACAGCUGCUCAGCGACCGGAAGAGAGGACGCCGUUAGCGUCAAAUUAGCUCUUAAACGCUCGGUGUUUUUUGUUUUGUUUUGUUUUAAAAGAAAUAAAAACUAUCCAGUGACGACGUGUCGUAAAGCGCGUGUUUUCUUUCCUUUCACGUCCUGACAGACGGAGCGUCUCGUCCCGUCACCUGGCGAAUACCGACGCGAGCUUCGAACAGUUAUUCCGUAAAUAUGAUAUCACGUACGUGCACGUGUGUUACGAAGUCGUUCCAGAGCUAGGCUGGACAAACUAAAAUAAUAUACAAUGGAAAAGUGUUACCAAAAAUGAGUAGAGUGUAACUUCUGUGUAGGUAUUUGUCACCGUCACUUAUUCUCGUAGUAAUAAUAAUAAUAAUAAUAAUAAUAAUGAUGAACAAUAAUAUGCUUGUGAAUUUAUGCAUUGCAAUAUCAGAACACGUACGUGCAUAGAAGUUACAGUAACGCUAACGGACUCGUGUACAUACUUUGGUUAUUCGGAUCAAAGGCUUCGAGGAAAAGUUUCAUGCGCUCGACGUUUGCGUCUUUCAUCCCCGACCGUUUUCGCGAAUUUGAGUCGUUUUUGUUUUUUUUUUUAAAACGCGCAAGGAAUUUGUCGAUUUAAUUUGGACACGGUAUUCAAGACACUUUUUUUUGUUUGUUUUUUUGUUUUUAAAUAUAUAUAUAAACAUGUAUUCAUCUUUAACCUAAUAUCGUGAUAAUAUCGUAAAAAGAAACGGAUAAAAAGUUAGCGAACGAUCACGACGUAAGGAUUUCGAAUCAGCACUUCUUUAUCCAAGACCAGAUCCAGGAAGUCGGGCGUUGGGGGGGGGGGUCUGUGAAACGUGAGACGCGAAACGAACACGUAACUUCGAGGACGAACGGUUCGCUCGAUCGACACUACAGUGUUUAGGUCGUCGUUAGCCGCGUUAACGUUUUUGGACGUUUAUGUACUUUUAAUUUAACUCUGAAAGUGACGCGAGGGCACGGGGUCAGCGGGAACGUUAAAGGAAAACGUCCCGUCGUUAUUAAUAAUCAGAUUUUUUUUUUUUUUCUAUCUUAUCUUUAUCUAUUUUUAGCUGAUAAUUAAACACAAAUUGAUUUUUUUUUUCUUUACGUUGUGCAAAAAAAUUUUGAGUCGUGUUGGCGUUUAUUUUUAUUAUUAUUAUUUUUUUUUACGUUUUAUACAUUUUGAAUUGAAAUCUGUUAAAACAUUACCGCUCGCCUACUCGGUUUGGGAAUGUGUGUGUGUAUAUAUAUAUAUAUAUAUAUAUAUAUAUAUAUGAACGAGAUGGAAAACCGAAUCGAAUCGGAUGCACAUUCCAACGCCAGAUUUUAUUCCGAAUGCAGCGAGUGAGCAGUACGUGGAGUUUUGUUACGUCUAGACGUCUAGAGUUAGAGUAAUAGAUGUUCUCCUUAUAGGACCAAGAACAGUUUCACUCGGCUUCUUAAUGCAGGAUACGUCACGCAAAACCUCGUCCAAUCAACAAGUCUAAUGAAAGCUCGGGGGCGGGGAAAAAAAAAAAAAAAAAAAAGUCUUAUUGCUAUAUUUAUCUCCAGGGGAUGGUGUAACUCCCGGUACGGAUCCCGACCGCGUUAUUUAUACCCGUAUUAUUCUCAUGCGGGACGGAGGAUUUAGUCCAGACUCUUUGACCCAGUGCUUUUAAACGGUAGGAAUUUGACGUCUAUGAUUUUUAAUAUAGAACGUUCGUGUGCCAAUAAUCCUGUAUCUUAACUUCCGGGGACGUCGUGAACACUUCAGAUUAUUGCGACAUCCUGAAAUCGGACGAUUGCACGUGUCCUAACAUCCGGUGUACCGGGGAACAUCGGAUCGUGGACAGAACAAGCGUUUUAAAACGUUAAACCAGCUUGGGAUUUCACUUCCGAAUGCCGCCGACGUCGUGAGUUCGGAUCGUUAAAUGGAUUUUAAGAUCCGGUGUUUUUUAUUUUUAUACACCUGACUACGCAUUUUAGCCAAAUCGCUCUUUUCACAUGAGGUCGGGAAAGACGGGAGUGCCAGUCUUUCAGGAGAUCACCGCCAAAACUCCACUUCUGAUUUAUUAUUAUUAUUAUUUACAUUUUUUUUUUUUUUUCUAAACUAGAGAUGGUGCAAUACCAUACCUGAAACCUCGAGUGUCGGCCGAUACCGAUACCGAUACCGUCCGAUAUCGUCUUCUUUAAAAACUACUACGCUUUACAAUGUUUUUUGUUUUGUUUUUUAAACUGACGCACUUCAGAGUUAAACUCUCUCACGUAAAAAAACGACACUUGGCUACAAAUACAUUCAAGUAUAAAGUUGACGUGCAAUAAAAUCAACCCGAGCUAAAGAAAAAACAGUCGAGUUUAUUUUAUAUAUAUAUAUAUAUAUAGUUCCAAAAAUGACACUUAUUUUCCAAAUCCAGUUCCAAUCUUUGCCAUUAUUUCCAAACAUAUCCAUGUUUUAUUGGAUCAGUGCCAUCUCUAGAUAUCCAACUAAUGUUACAGCCAGUAGAUGAACUAAUAAAUGUGACUCCCAGACUGAUUGGAUCUCGACGUAUAAUCGGGUCGCUUCACGCUUUACAAACACAACACGAAUGUGAAUGUUUGCUAAUCUCAUACCAGUGUGGAAUUCAUGCGCAUUCGAAUACUGAACAUUUUAAAUAACCGGAAUUCGAAGCUUUAAAUGGACGGAGUCUUGAUAUUGACACACCCCGGUAAUUUACACACACACACACACACACACACACACUUUUCGUUUCGACACCCCGUCUAGAUUCGUCCCGUCGGCUCUCCGUUGCUUCGGCCUCAGUCCAACACGUGCUACUACUAAUGUUGUACAUGUUCACCACACACUACGGCGACGCACGUACGCACUGUACCAUAAUAUUUGUUUUUCCAGAUAUAUUUUACUUUUUUUUUUUAAUUUUAUUUUAUUUUUUUUGCUUUUUUCACCCCAUGAGAUCCCUCAGUCAGUGAGAUUGAGAUCAUGGUGAUUUGUCCAUGUGUGUUUCUGUCAUUUAAAAUAAAUAACUGAUCGUUAUCGAAGCGUCGCUGCCGUUUUAAACGACUCUUGCGCUUCAGAGGUCACGACUCGGACGGCGGUUUAAUUCACUACACGAGAGAGAGAGUAAAAGAAGACGAUUGCCACCCGUCCGUCGAUCGUGCGACGCGGGACGGCCCUUUGCUUCGGACCGAAAGCCAUGGCUCACGUUUUAACCUUAUUAAUCACUGUAUUGAAAAUUUGCACAGUUUUAUACGGACUAUAAUGUGACUUUCGCUGUUUUUUGCAAGUGCUUAGGUUCCGAGACGUGUGUGGAAGAACACCACACUCGCACGCUUACGCUCCAGACGUGCGCGUUGAAACACGAGCUGUGAUGUCUUUAGUUAUUAGACAUAACGAAUGAUGGAGAUUAGCAAGGAACGAUAAGAUUUUCUUUCCCCGAUUUUAAUUCCUGAGGUAUAGAUGUAAAGCGCAUCGUCAUGGUGAUGUAGGUGUAAAUAUGAAAGAGGUGGAGGACGACGAGACGGACGCGUCCCGAUAAGGUCGACUACACAAGGAUGUUUUGGCGUCUGGAAAAGUGCUGGUCUGUCGGAGAUGGUUGCUGAUCAAAUGUACAGUCUGCCUCUGAUUGGCUGGUGCAUGAUUACAUCACAAAACGUUUCUUCUAAACACUUGACGUCUGGUCAUUUUCACGCAUCUACUGCAUGUCGUUUGUCAGGUCCGGCGUUCACGUCCGGCGUGCGAUGGGAAAAGGCGCGGUUUUGAUUCGGACACCGAAACGUCCUCGUGAUCGUAGCCGGACGUCGGUGUCCGUCGUUGAACGUUCUAUUUUUAUUUAUUGGAAAAUGACAGUAAGGACCGUCUGGGUGAUAAUUUAGCAACGCGGACGUGCUUACCAGGGGGUGGGAAAGUGCACUCGGGCUACUUCGUCACACUCCACGCUCGAUUAAACUGAUUCAGAGCUCGAAUAUAAUGCAAUUCGUGCCAGUUUGCUAUUUUAGAACAUCGUUCAAAGGAACAGGUCCGCAAAAAAAAAAAAAAAAAAAAAAAGCGUCAACUUCACCCCAAUCAAUCAAGACAUGUUUAGUGUCUGAAUUUUGCUUCUUUAGUUUUGCACUAAAGGCUGUGAGACAAAUGUAGCUAAGCAAUAAUGGAGGUUUCACACACGUGCCGCGUCGAGUCCGUUUGAAUACGGGUUUGGUUGUUUUUGUGUGGUUUUUUUUUUCGAGAAAAUGAUUCGACUCUGAAUCGACUCACCUGCAGGAAGUGAAUCAAACUGAGCCGCGAGACACAAAAGCCGCAGAAGUGCCACGUGUUCUGGAGCGACGAACAAAAUGAGAACACGAAUCCUGGAUGCGAGACACAAAACGUCUAACGCUUAGUUCUUUAUAUAUAGCUAUGUAAUAACUGAUCGAGCGCCGGUUCCGUGUCGUCCGUUCUCUCGGGUGAUCGUUGCGAUUUCUACACUCGCCUUCGUGUUUUUUUUUUGUUUUUUUUCCUCCUACUCCAUCACCGUAUUUCUGAUGAGUUUGACGAGUAUGUUUUCAGACGUACGCGUCCACAGACGACAUUGUUAAGCUCAGAAAUCUCGUGUUUAAAUACAUCGAGUGAAAUUAUACGCUGCAAAAAAAAAAAAAAAAAAAAAAAAAACCCGGCUUAGCAAGUGACGAUAUGUUGACUAGAAGAAAAGCGAUCUAAUGUUUCUCAGUAAAAUGAUUUCUAGACAUCGGGACUAAUUUCAAGGUUAGAUCCGGCUUAUUCUAUUGGCCGUUAGAAAGAAGCGCUACGCAUAGACUUGACAGUUUUAAGCUUGAAAAUCAGUUAAUGGUAUUUAGAAAUAGGCUCAAUAACCAGUGCGUCCAGGAUUUGGCGAUCGCGGAUAUGAACGCAAAAUCGAGCGAACCCUGCGAUAUCCGGAGGAGGGGGCGAUUUUUUCGGACACGGGUACGGCUGAAAGGUCUCGUUUACCGACGAACACCGCUGCGAAAGAGCGCGCGAAACAACUCCGAGAUCGCGAUUCCGCAAGUUCGUGUAGUUUUCCGCAAAAUAAAGCACAAAAAAAAAAUCUCCGCAAACCGCGCCGUAAAUUUUUUUUUUGGGGGGGGGGAGCCGCGGCAAAAUCGAGCGUUUUCGCACGCAACCGUUACAAAAUAACCUCCUUUAUCUUAGAAAUUAUCAUCUCCAGCUUUGAAGGGCGUGGCCUUUAGGGCACAAUGACACUAUAUAUAUAUAUAUAUAUAUAUAUAUAUAUAUAUAUAUAUAUAUAUAUAUAUAUAUAUAUAUAUAUAUAUAUAUAUUAGUAUAAUAAUACAGUUCUGCUUGUCCACCCUCAAAUCGUUCCAGGUGAGCUCGACGAGAUCGGCUUCCGUUAGUUUUUUACAUUCGCCUCGUAGCUCCUGCACAAAACUAUAGAGCAAACAUGUCUUGGCUGAUCAACCACGUUGAAUCGAACCAAGCCGGUAACGUGGACGGAUUGAGACUUGCUGUGUAUUUCCAUAAGACGGAACACAAUGCUUACCAGUCAGAACGUGCAGGUUGUAGAAUAAUACACACAUCACUGAACAAUGAGCGAGAGAGUAUGCGAGCGAGCGAGUGCGUGAGCGAGUGCGAGAGAGAGAGAGAGAGAGUGGGAUAUGUUUAAAGUGCAGUAACCUUUCAACCUUCCAGGGUGCAGCGUUCAUCCCGAAACAACAUGGCGCAGGUUUCGGCACGUGUCGCUAACGAACCCGAGUCCGUGUUCUUCAGCCGCAUUAACACGUUCACGUCACACUACGAUGCACAUGACCUGUAAAUAGUGUACGAUAAUAUUUGGUUUUACAGACUGUAUAAUCGUCUAUAUUUUGUUUCGAAAGUGAAACUGAUCUACGAGAUUGAGGUAACACAUUAAAGGUGGAUUAAAAAUAAAUAAAUAAAUGGAAGAAAAAAAACCCAA